AUGCAAGACAUUCGAGAAGAAAAUAUAUCUUACACACAAUUUAUUCUUGUUGGAUUUCCUGAUGUUUAUGAGUACAGGAAGCUGCUCUUUAUUCCUUUCUUUAUUUUGUUUCUUAUGGCUGUGGUGUCAAACUGUGUUAUCAUUUAUAUCAUUCAAACUGGAAAAGGGUUCAGUUCUCCCAUGUAUCUUUUAAUUUGUGCAAUUGCAUUUGUGGAUCUUGGCAUACCAAUAACUUUUGUUCCCAAGAUGUUAUUGAAUUUUUUAUUUGACUGGAAUGAUAUUUCUCUUACUGGUUGCUUAGUGCAAAUGUUUUUUAUUCACUUUAUCAGCUCAUUUGAAUCAACCAUUCUGAUGGUCAUGGCAUUAGAUCGUUAUGUUGCUAUAUGUAUACCCCUAAGGUAUAAUGAUUAUAUUAACAGUUCUACAUUGUUGAAACUGUCUGUUGCAGCUGUAAUUAGAAGUGUUAUUUUUGUUUCUCUGAUUGUCAUCUUUGUAGGUACCCUUUCUUUUUGUUGGACUAAUAUUAUUAAACACUGCUAUUGUGAACACAUGGCAGUGGUUGGACUCGCUUGUGGAGAUACCACUAAGAAUAGCAUAGUUGGCCUGGUAGGAAUUUUUAGCAUAAUUGGUGUUGAUCUAAUAUGCAUUUUCUGUUCUUACAUCAAAAUAUUCACUGUUGUACUAAAAAGUUCAUCAGUAAGUUCUCGGCAAAAAGCGAUUCAUACAUGUACUACUCAUUUAAUUGUAAUACUUACAACAUUUCUUUCUGCUUUAGUUUCAUUUAUUGCAUAUCGAAUAAAGGAUUCAAUUUCUAUCAAUACACACAAUAUAAUAAGUGUAUUAUAUCAGCUUCUACCUUGUUGUUUUAAUCCUGUUAUUUAUGGUGUACGAACAAAAGAAAUAAGGCAGCAAAUAUUCAAGAUGGUCAAAGGAAGAAAUGGCACUCUGUUCUUGAAUGCUGAUAAAAAGGAAACUAUAGCAUAA